AUGAAAAUACUAUUGGUUUUUAUUUUUGGGAGUACAGUAUUUUGCAGUGAGACCGCGAUCCAAGAGAGAGAUGAUCGUAUUCCGACAAAAAUAUUAGAACAUUAUUGGCCAGUGAUUAAUUGUUUACUUGAACGAGAGUCUUGUACUCCAGUGUCAGAAUUUCUUGCUGUUGCCCUGCCAGAUUUCUUGCGGAAUCAAUUAGACAGCUACGAUUACAAAGAUAAAGUGUUAUUAAAGACCCAUUCUCGAAACAUAAGGAAGUAUUUUCCUCACGAAUGGGAACUCAUCGAAAAAAAAUUUCACAAACGAUCAAAAUACAAUUUUUCGGUGAAUUCAAUCAGUUCGGCUGAUUACAAGAUUGAUUAUUUAAGAAAAGAGCAGGGGGAAAAAAAUGACGAGUUUAGCCGAUUAGCUGCCGAAAGUUUUGUGAGCAAUAAUUUUACAAAUAUGGUAAAGUUAUGCAAAGACUUGAUUACCGAUUUAGUAGUCUACGGCGAUUGUUUGAUAUGCAAUAAGAAUUCCCUCAAAUGGCUCAAUGACAUCAAAAACUACCUGCAGACGACCUAUCCAAGAGAACUACGGGAAAUAGUUAUGAAAAAUAAAAAUAGAUAA